GUUCCUUGUUCGGAGAUAGCGUCAAAUCCCGACAUUGUGCGAAUAUGUCAACCGCAGGCUCAACCGCAGACAAUCUCUUACGCCGUUCAGACAAAGAAGUGCGGCAGAUUCUGCGCCGGCGGAAGAAGAGAAGCCAGACUAGCUGCCUACCUUGUCGGACGAGGAAGGUAAAGUGUGAUAGGGGCUCGCCAUGCGACAAUUGCGCCAAGAGAGGGUAUCCUGAGUUGUGCUCUUUUGCUGCUCAAGGUGGUGCUGGAACUGGCACAAGCUCUAGUCCCCCCCAGUCCCCAAUCCCCGAUUCUCAACCUGCGCUACCUUCUGCCCAAUAUCCCUCAAGCCAACAGCCUUUGCCCCAGACACAACAACAUUUGCAAUGUCAAACUACGUCAUCCGAAGGCACAGUGGUCUCUGAUGUACACAGCACCCACUCGCCUUCUGGCUUCCUACAGCCAGGUGUUGUGUCGGAAGGUUCCUCUCAACAAAGAGCAGGUAGUACUGCUACUGGGCCAGCAUCUUCCGGAGGCAGUCAUGGGAGUAGUGGCGUUGAUCCCGUGGAUGACAGGGGAAGACAAGACCGAAGAGAGCCUUUCCUAGGCACGAACUCGAUGCGGUCAUUUCUAAGGGAUCAAGCUUCGCAGGCUGGCCCAACCCAGAACACGCCAAGCAAAACCGUUGAAGAUGCGAUCCUCCCGAUCCUAGGACUUGACGAAUCGAGGUCAACUUAUCCAUUUCUACCGGCUUCGCAAACGUCCUUGGAAAAGAUAAAUCUAGAGCUUCAUCAGGUUCUACCCGUGGAUCGCGAAAUAAUAAGACUAUUUCGGUGCUACCAACAAGAAGCACAUCCAUUCUCGCCAAUCAUACCAGAUAUAGAGCAUUUUGAACUCGAACUCUGUGCCUACCUUGAACAUCGUGCCCUCGUGAAGCGGCAGUCCCACGAUCAGAACCAUGAUACUGGUCAACCAACAGCUCACAAGUCUGUGUCAUGGGUCGGCUCCCUUUUUGCAGUGCUAGCAUCUGGGGCACAGUAUGCUGACAUCUCGUUCAAAGAGAGGCAGACGAAAUCUCAUCUCUAUGCUCGUUAUUCUUUUCAGUGUCUCAGGAUGGCGAACUUCCUGCUUCGUCCAUCACUGUUAUGCAUCCAGACAUUAUUAAUUCUCGGCAAUGUCUUGCAGAAUGAUAUGAAGCCAGAGGCGGCCUGGAUCAUGCUAGGCACGACGGCAAGAAUGGCGCAAAGCCUUGGUCUACAUGAGGAAACUGAUGCAUCCUCGCCACAAAGAAGGUUAUGGCUGGCACUCUCCUGGCACGAUAGUCUGCUGUCAUUGUGCUUUGACAGGCCACCUGUCACAACUCCGGCGAGAACUAUUCCAGAGUUGGUUGAUGGAAUGUCGUAUACGGACGCUAUGAACUCUCUCGGUGAUAUAACCCUUCGCAGCAUCAACACCAGGGCACAUGAUGACACGUCCUAUUUUACCAUGGUUCUAGAAAAUGUGGCCAGGAUUGAAGACAUUUAUCUCAAAAGCAUAGGCCGCCGCGGCGGAUUGCAUCUUUCCUUUGCCAUAGCAUGGCUGUGUCGUCCAGCACUCCGAAAUCGUCACAGCGCCGAAUUGAGGCCGGAACUCCAGCUGCAGCUUAUUGAAAAAUGCACUAAGAAUUUACUUGAAUGUGUUCGCGCCUUUGUACAACUACAUUCAUUGAGCAUCCUUGCUUCACGAUCAUGGUCAGUUAUUCACAAUGGACUCAGCUCGGCCUUGUUAUUAUGCCUCCUUGGGCAAACAGCAACAAAUCCGGAAGUUCGAGAAUCACUAGGCGAAAUCCUGGAGGUCCUCUCUACAGAGUCUGAAGAUGAGGGUAGCCAAGGACAUGACAGGGACGGCAAUAUCGAGCUAUCAAGGCCGCACUCGAGAGCAGUUGCUGUUCUCAGGAGGUUGUACAACGAUCGCGUGAACAAUUCCGCUCAAAAUCCUGUGGCUGAUGAUGGGAGACGGAGUCAAACGGUAUCCCAUAGCCAAUUGCAAUCGACAGUGAAUGCCACAAUGGCACCUUCGCCCGUCUCAUCUAACGUAAAUUUCUCUAAUUAUGUGGACACGGCCGGGUUGCAGCUCUAUGAUAAUCUAGGCCAAACAGACGUGUCACCGCUUGCUACGCUUGACUCUAUUAUAUGGGAUGUAAUGGGAGUUGGAGGAUCAAUGCCAGAUUAUAAUGCUUUGUCAUGCGAAGCAUGGAUGUUUUGAAAUAUAGAUACACAAUAAGUCGUCGAGCGGCACAGGUUCUGUCGACAGUCGGGCGCCUUAGCAGAAGGGGG